GUUUCUAGUUAACCAGACCAUUUCAUUUUUAUAAUCUCACAUUUCUGACUGUUAAAAAGGAGGGAGUAAUAAAAAAUUGAAUGUAACAUAACAUUAAACCACUUUCUUCUCCUUUUAUAAACCAUCACAAGUCUCAUGCAUAUGAUAGAAUCUCUCAAUGUCCUCUCAUCUCUCAGUACUCACAAAACAUCAAAAAUUUAACAUGGUCUCUCUUGAACCUGAACCUGUUCAAGGUAAUAACCUUAGAUCUAGUGAUGCACCUACUAGCCCUAGAAUAUCUUUCUCAGCAGAGUUUCUAGAUGAAAACAACUUCAUCUCUAUUAGUCCAAACCCUCUUUACAGAACAGAAAGAGAUCAAGAGAAGGAACAACAUGAAAAAACAAAGAACACAGAUCAGUUUGAGUUUCUUUCAAACAUCAACAUAAGUGACAAAAACACAGUUUUAUCAGCUGAUGAACUUUUCUUUGAAGGAAAAAUCCUUCCCUUUUGGCAGAUGCAACAUCUAGAGAAACUCAACAAGAUCAACCUCAAAGAAGAAGAAGAGGAGGAAGUGAUUGAGGUGGUAGUGGACAACAAAGAAGAUAAUAAUAAUAGUAGAGUAAAUUGGUUUGUGGAUGAUGAUCCAUCACCAAGGCCACCAAAGUGCACUGUUUUAUGGAAAGAGUUACUAAGGUUGAAGAAACAAAGAGCUUCUUCUUUAUCACCAUCUUCUUCUUCAUCAUCUUCUUCUUCGAAUGGGAGUUCGCUCGGUGAUGUAGCUGCUAAAGAAGGUUCUAAAAACAAAGAGAAUCAGCAUGUGAAGAGGAUAAAGAAAGGGUUGGAGAGAACAAGAUCAGCUACUAUUAGAAUUAGACCAAUGAUUAAUGUGCCAAUUUGUACACAGAUGAAAAACAGUGCUUUGCCUCCACUAUUUCCACUCAAGAAGGGCAAAAUAUUAGAGAGGUAAAUUUCAAACAAAGUUCAAAGAUUAUGCAGUUCAAGUUUGAUCCUCAGGGUUUUGAAAUAAGGUUGUUUAUUUUGUUAAUUUGUUUUAUUUGUUUUUAAUUAUUUCAACAAACUAUGUUAAUGUUGGAUUUGUAGAAUAGGUGUUAAUUUUGUACCAAAAAAAAAGAGAAUAGGUGUUAAUUUGGAUGGAUCUGAGAUAUUAUUAGAAUGUAAAUUCUGACUUGUAUAAUCAUUGGAUUGUGCAUGCAUUGCAUUGUGGUUGAGAUCACUAGAUUCCAAUAA